UGUUUUUGAGAACAUUAAUUUUAUUGUUGCUUUUAUUUAUUUCUAACGUAAUGAUAAUAAAAAUACACCUAACCAACUUUGGGUAAUUUGUCUACCGAACUAAUGAAAUUAUUUAUGCGCCAAUACGAAUUGAGAUAGGAAGUGAAGAAAACAUUUAAGCUACAGGAAAACAUGUUUGCCACCCCUUGUAAACAAAAUCAAAAUAAAUAGGUGUGCUUUGAACAACAGCGCGCUGAUUAUAUGAAGAUUUCUUUGACACACUAACUUAUUUUCGUGUCUACAUAACGUGAGUUCUUUUAUAUAAUGGGGCUUGACUACUAUGGCAUAUUAGAAUUAACGAGAAAUUGCGAAGACCUUGACAUUAAACAAGCUUACAGGAGGUUGGCGAUCAAUUACCACCAGGUUGGAAAAUCAGACGAGUUUGUACUUAUCUCUGAGGCGUACGACGUCCUUAGUGAGCCUUGUCGCAGAGCUUUGUACGAUCAGUACGGAGAAGAAGGGUUGAAGAAAGGUGUUCCAACCUCUGAUGGAUUUAUUUUACCCUAUGUCUAUCAUGGCGACGCUUUACGAACAUUCAGAGAUUUUUUCGGCACAUCUAAUCCAUAUGUUGACCUGGUGCAGAAACGGUUCAGCCCAGAAGAACUUUUCGCUUUUCCACUCGGUCAAGGCAUCAGAGAAAAGGAGCCUCCUUUGGAACGUUCUCUAGCUCUCACAUUAGAAGAAGUGUUUCAUGGGGGAGUGAAGAAGAUGAAAAUAUUGAGGAAUGUGUUUGAGGACGACUCUGAGCAGAUUACUUAUCCAGAAGAGAAGAUUCUAACGAUCCCUAUUAGACGAGGUCUGCCUGUUGGGUCUCGGUUUGAUUUCCCUGAGGUCGGGGACCAAGGGCAUACAAUAAUUCCAGCUGAUGUAAUAUUCACAAUCGUGGACAAGCCACACCCUGUGUUCAGGAGGGAUGGGCUAGAUCUUCUCAUGGAGUCAACCAUCAGUCUAACCCAAGCUUUGGUCGGGUUUACACUGCCUGUUGUUACAAUUGAUCAGCGAACACUACAAGUCCCUGUUACGCAAGUCGUCAGCCCAGAUUACAUUAAGGUUGUUGAAGGAGAAGGGAUGCCUGAUUGGCAAGAGCCACUGAGAAGAGGAAAUUUGCUAAUAUCAUUCAAGAUUGAGUUCCCCAAGUAUGUGCCUAAAAGCAGCAAACCUUUGAUUAUCAAGGCUCUUCGUCCUUCGGCCAUAGUCAAAGACAAGGAAACGAGCCAUUUGCAACCACCUGUGUUUCCUAAAGGCAAAACUUUGCGUACUGAUGAACUGUAACAUACGUUAUGAUAUUUUCUGAAUAAAUUUCUAGUUUAAAUUUU